AAUUAGCGUUGGCUCAAGUUGCUGGCGACAUACUGAGAUUGGAUGCCGAGGAUCCUCCAACCUUGUGGCCUCAUGUGGGCGAGUGCUUCAUGGCUCUGAGAGCAAUAUCAGUCAAUAUAAUUCAGUGCCAGGAGAUUAUGGGAGUUUGGCAGCCUUCAGUAUGUCAUCCAGCAAGAAGCACAACAUGGGAAAUGAUGGAGAGGAUAUGGACUCAAUGUCUUCAUCCAGUCAGCAUUUCAGAUCUCUUCGUCCCGAAUUACUGGGAGAGGGUGGAGCGAGCACGUGGAUGCAUGCAGGGAAUGCCGAGCACUCCAAGAACGAUCAGGACCAGUCAAGAAAGUUGAGCCGGACGAGAACCGGGGAAGAGGAUCUCUCUACCCUCUCCGAUACGGAGGUCACACAGUUUUGCGACAAGGAGGACCUUCGACAUGUGGAAACGAGCAGCGUGGGUGGAAGCAGUGCAAAUUCGGAGAACGUUGGCCGUGUAGGCUCUUGGGCCUUGUCUUUUGAGAGACUUCUGGAUGACACAGCAGGGAUACACACCUUCGCUGAGUUUUUGAAGAAGGAGUUUAGUCACGAGAACAUCUACUUCUGGGCUGCAGUGCAGCGAUACAAGAAUCAUCCCCUGUCCGUCAGAGGAAAACUUGCCCAGGAAAUCUAUGAUAGGCAUAUCAGUGUGAAUGCAAGUGAACCAGUAAACGUUGACAGUCAAGCCCGUCAGACUGUGCAGGAGAGGCUGCGAUCAGCUUCUCCAACAUUGUUUCAAAAGGCAGAAGACCAGAUCUUCAAGUUGAUGAAGUUUGAUUCCUAUCCCCGGUUCUUGAAGAGUCCAUUAUACAAGGAGGCUCUUAUGGCUGAAGUUGCUGGUUAUUCUCUACCAUAUCCAGGGGGUGAUAUUCUUGAGUCAGACCUUCAAGUUUUUGAAGCUGAUGAAGUUUUGGCUACCCCAAACAGCUCCAAGCAUGUGGGACGGAGAAGAUCUCUCCUUGCAUGGGGUCGGAGAGCAAGAGCAAAGUCACGUGACAGAGGGAGAGGUUCAGAGAACCAUGGCCCAAGAGCCAGUUCUCUGAAGAGAUUCAGAGGGAGAGAUAGGAGUAGAGAGACAAAUAGCAGCACAGCCAGUUCAACUGCUGCGAAUGAGGCUGGCUCCCAAAGCUCAAAGACAAGUCUGACUGCUUCUGAUCUUGGCAUUUUGUCAAAAAAUUUCUCCACUUCUAAGGAAAGCCUUCAGAGUGAUAGGGGAGAGAACUCUCGGCUCCUUUGUCGUGUUAUUCUACCUGAUCAGUCUACAACUGUUGUGUCAGUUGUCCCUGGAGAGACAGUACGGUCUCUCGUCCAUCGACUAUUGGAGAGGAGAGGGCUGAAAUAUUCAGCUGUUGAUGUAUUCACCCUCAACUCAUCAAUGGCUUUGGAUCAAUUACUUGACUGUGCCAGUCUUGCUUGUCAAGAUAUUCGUGUAGAAGCUCGUGUACUAAUCCAAGUGGACCUACCUUCUGGUGGAAAGUCCAUGUCACUAAAGGCUGCACCUGGCAGACGUCUUGCAGAAGUUCUUCGUCCAGUCUUGGCUAACCUUGGAUUGAAAGUUGACCAACUAGUGGCAUACAAGCUGGGAGAUAAAGAACCUCUUAGUAUGAAGACCCUGGCAACCAAUUUGGACAGUCAGAGAGUUAUUCUCAAGCAAAAGGAUGGUGCUACAGGUCUAGGGAAAGCUCAAGGAACACAGAGACCUCCUGGUGUCAUGUUGGAUGAAAUCACCAAUAAAGUAUUCCUUGACCUCAUGAGGAGCAAGAGUGUAACAGAUGCUGACAGGGUUCCUACAGAUGAAAGCUCCUCACAGUCAUCAGGAAUAGUGGGAAGUCUGGUUCGACGUAAUUCCAUCCAUAUUGAUCGAGACCUACAGAAGAAUGGAAUUCAGAGCCCAAUCUAUGAGGUUCCCUCACCUAAGCCCAAUUUUCCUUCACCAACAUCUGAAACACUCUAUGAAGACCUGAAGAAAGCACAAAAGCUGAGGCUGGAGGACCAACGUGGCACAACUAUCAACUGUCAACUACCAGAAUUCCUGAAAUCACCUGGACAAUCUAGAUCACAUAACAAGGAGAACCGAGAGAUUGGACAGAUGAUGCCUGGUGGAAUGGCACCAUCAUAUUCCCGCUUUUCAUCCUUGAGUGCCAGCAUCAUGACAGUUGAUGACACCCUCCCCUAUGUUGAUAUGAGUUUCUCUCAUGAUGGAAUCUUACCUACUCAUGCCCAAGCAGAGAAUUACUUUGGUCUGAAUCAGGCAAAACACGUGAUAGCACAGGCAUUCCAAGGCCAGCACAAAUCCUGCAGCAUGAGUCCCUUUCCCCCACAGGAUGGGGAUGUGAGUCUUUCACCAUUACACAUCCCUACCCCCAAUACAUCAGUAUCUUCUCUCCAUGUGGAAGAAGCCAAUUUCACACCACCAUCUCCCCUGGUUGUGAAUCCUAAACCUCUCUUCCGCAAUGCUCCUCCUCCUCCUCUGCCCCCAAAGCCCAAGACAUGUCCUCCCAGGGGGCCUCCUCCUCGUCCUCCCCCUUCACGCCCAACUCCUCAAUUAAAUCUCUAUGAGAUCAAUCUCAAUGGUAGCUCUUUUCCUCAGUGUCAAGAUCUUCCUACUGGAAAUGUCAGCUUUGUUUGAGUCAAGUGAAAUGCAGUUGAUGAUGUGUGUAUCCCAAGGAAUAUCAUGUUUCUUGGUGACAUGGUAUACCAUAUUGCCACUACUGGCAUUCAUGGUACAUUUUUUUACAUUAGGCACCCUAAUGGUGUUUUCCCAUUGUGUAUUGUAUUAGUGGCUAUUUUCGUUGAAUCCAGUCACUUGAGUUCAUACCCCACUUUAUGGGUACACAGUCAGUCUUCCUGAUAGUGUGGUUCAUGUUCUCUAAGAGGACAAGGGUCUGUUUAUCAGUUUCAAGGAAACCAGAAAAAUGAUAAUUGUUGCAUAGGCCUUACAUGAAGAUGAGUGAAAAAUUCAGCUUUCUGAAAUGUCCUGCUUAUUCUAUUGGAGAUAAUGUUCUCUGUUUUGCUGGCUAGAUUACUUCAUGCUGUAGUCAUUUAUACUUGCAAGUUUCUUGCAUACCAGUGGCAACCCAAGUUUUCUCAAACUGAUCUAGCCCCUAGUGCCAUAAUUCUCAUGCAGUAUAAUGAUAUUUCCAUGUUUGAAAAACCUCAAAAGAUGAAGUAUAUUAGUGACUUUCUUGCCAUAUUUUUUUUUUAGGAUACAUGCCAAACUAUGACUGAAG